UUUGCAUCAUUUAUGUCAAUCUAGAGAAAAUAAAUCUAGCUUAUCGAAAGAGAGCUACUAAGUUUAUUUUAUACAAGAUUUUUCCCUCCCUGGGUUGAAGAAAUCUCGUUGGCUCAUAUGGGACUGAGGCACUCGCGUUGCCUGCUCCUACGGAGAAAAAUGGCGGAGCCGGACAAUUCUGAGGUAUGUCAGUUCGCUGGUAAAUGAUCCAAGGAGUGACAUAUGCUGCGGCAGUGUACCAUCACUACGCCCCAGUCGCAGUCCUUUCAGCCUGCCUCCUUGCCCAAACCUGUGCCAACUGUCCACCAUGUGCCACACCCUCCACAUACGCCCCAUGUAGCGGCCCUUCCCACCUGCCCCGGGCGCGGCAAGAUUGCAAAGCUGCUCAACCCGGAGGAAAUGACAUCACAGGACUACUACUUUGACUCCUACGCCCACUUUGGCAUUCAUGAGGAGAUGCUGAAGGAUGAAGUACGGACCCUGACCUAUAGGAAUGCCAUGUACCACAACAAGCACAUGUUCAAGGACAAGAUAGUUCUGGACGUGGGCAGUGGGACAGGCAUCCUGUCCAUGUUCGCUGCCAACGCGGGUGCCAGGCACGUGUAUGGGAUUGAGUGUUCAAGUAUAUCAGAGUAUUCUGAGAAGAUAAUCAAGUCCAACCACCUACACAAUGUCAUCACUAUCUUCAAUGGGAAGGUGGAGGAGGUGGAACUGCCAGUGGAGAAAGUAGACAUCAUCAUCUCAGAGUGGAUGGGCUACUGUCUCUUCUACGAGUCUAUGCUCAAUACGGUCAUCUUCGCCAGGGACAAAUGGCUAAAGCCUGGAGGGCUGAUGUUUCCUGACAGGGCUGCUCUGUAUGUUGUGGCCAUCGAGGACAGGCAGUACAAGGACUUCAAGAUACACUGGUGGGAGAACGUGUACGGUUUUGACAUGACCUGCAUCCGUAACGUGGCCAUGAGAGAGCCCCUGGUGGACGUGGUGGACCCCAAACAGGUGGUGACCAACUCCUGCCUAGUCAAGGAAGUGGACAUCUACACGGUGAAGCCUGAGGACCUGUCUUUCACCACGGCCUUCUGCCUGCAGAUCCAGAGGAACGACUAUGUCCACGCCAUGGUCACCUACUUCAACAUCGAGUUCACCAAGUGUCAUAAGAAGACUGGCUUCUCUACCGCUCCUGACGCCGCCAGUACCCACUGGAAGCAGACAGUGUUUUACCUGGAGGACUACCUGACUGUGAGGAAGGGAGAGGAGAUCCUGGGCAGCAUCGCAGUCAAGCCCAAUGAUAAGAAUGUGCGGGACCUGGAGUUCACCUUGGAGUUGGACUUUAAAGGACAGCUGUGUGAUGCGGCCAUUUCCCACGACUACAAGAUGCGCUAGCUGACCAGCAAAGGGCAAUAUCCCCCUCCUUGAGAGGGAGGGCACAGGCUCUCCAUCAGGCCCUCUUAUUGGUCCGAGGGGGACACGAUACGCAUCUGAUUGGAUGACAGCGCUCCAGCACCUAAGUGAUGUCAUAAAAACAAGCCAUUUCGAAGCAAUAGCGCCGUCACCUGCCACAUUUUUAAAGCUGCCCUGAGAAUGUAAUAUCCCUGAUGAACUUGAUUUGUUCUUUCUUUAAGGUUGAGUUUCAGUGUUAUCAGUACUAGAGCUAAAGGAGUUCUAGGGAUUUUAGAUGCCAGUCCAGAGGCACUUUAAGGACAAACUCUGAGCAUGUCUUUUAUCAAGGAAAACAGACAGACUACACCUCUGUUUUACAGCUGUCUCUCAAAGUUCAACGAAUGCAGAACCUAAGAGUUUAACAGGAAAGUCAGUCAGUGUUUCUUCAAGGUAGUUAUAUUUUGUUGGUAUUCAGUACUGGUAAGUUAUUUGCAUGUUUAGCUUUUUGUUCUUGGUUGAUUUCAGGUAUCAUGAUUUGAUCAUUUGAGAUAUUCACAAUUGCUAAUGGAACGUGUUUAAUGAUAGAAACCUGUGAGAAAUGUCUUGUCUUCCAUCUCCAGCUGGAGGUUAUUUUGCCAUUGUGAUUUUGGGGUGUGGUGUAGGAGUGAUGAACAAAUAAACAACAAUUACUUAGAAUUGUUGAGAAAGAAUCAAAUAAUUAGAUUUC